AUGGCGGUGGAGAACUGCACUGAGUAUACUGAUUUCAUAUUCUUAGGACUUUCUAGAAGACAUGAUGUACAACUUGGGCUCUUUAUAUUCUUUCUCUUUGUUUAUGGCAUAACUGUGGUUGCCAAUGUAGGCAUGAUCCUGCUGAUCAAGAUGGACUCCAGACUCCACACUCCCAUGUACUAUUUUCUGAGCAACCUGUCUUUCUGUGAUGUCUGUUAUUCCUCCUCUGUCUCUCCCAAGAUGCUGGCUGAUUUCUUAUCUGAGAAAAAGAGGAUUCCCUAUACUGCAUGUCCCAUUCAAAUGUAUUUCUUUGCUUCCUUUGGUGACAUAGAAUGUUUGUUGUUGGCUGUUAUGGCAUAUGACCGUUAUGUAGCUAUUUGCAAUCCACUUCUUUAUACAGUUGCCAUGUCUAGAAGACUCUGCACCCUGCUGGUUUUCCUCACCUAUUUCAUGGGCUUUCUAGAUUCUGCAAUCCACACAGUCUUAGCCUUUCGGUUGUCAUUCUGCCAUUCCAAUAUUAUUGAUCACUUCUACUGUGACCUUCCUCCUAUACUUGCCCUUGCCACCUCAGAUACAUCCCUCAACGAAAUUCUUAUAUUCAUUCUUGGUACCUUUAUUCUAUCGUGCAGCGUCUUCACUGUCUUCCUCUCUUACAGCUACAUCAUAGCUACCAUUCUUAGAAUGAAAUCAGCUGAGGGGAGACGCAAAGCCUUCUCCACCUGUGCCUCCCACUUAAGCACAGUGGCUCUCUUCCAUGGCACACUUCUCUAUAUGUAUUUACGACCCAGCUCUAGUUACUCCAUGGACACUGACAAAAUUACUUCAGUUUUCUACACAGUUAUCAUCCCUAUGUUAAACCCAUUGAUCUAUAGCUUAAGAAAUAAGGAUGUAAAAGGUGCCAUGAAAAAAGUAAUCAGCACUAAAGUAUGUUAA